UUUUUUUGUUGCUGCUGCUGCUGCUGUUGCCCGGUGGUGCUUAGCGCAGGCUGUCAUCGACUUGAAAGGGCGGUGUUAGACUUGUGCCACUCGCUGCUUGACUACCCAACCACCAGCAUUACCUGCCACUCGCUCGUGUGGUUGAAGGUUUGUGUGUGUGUGUGUGCGUGCGCGUUGAGCAAGCCCAACCGUGAGAUGAAAAGUCGUCUUCUCUGAGAAGUGUCGCGGAUGAGACGGAGGCAGCGUCGCGGGCAGGUUGUGAGAUAGCCAGCCACUCCUCCAUCCUUCCAUCCAUCCAUCUUCCCCGCCGCCUCUCGCAGAACUCCUGAACCCGGAAUCCAACCCGAACGGGCCAUGUCGUUUCUGAGCGGCGGCGGCGGCGGUGGUGGCCUCGAGUCGGAGCUGCGUUGCUGCGUGUGUCUCCACGUGUUCACGGAGCCAGUCACUUUGCCGUGCGGGCACACCUUCUGCCUCGACUGCGUGGAGGGCUGUUGGGCAGCCACCAUCACCCCCUCGUCCUCCUCCUUGCCGGGCGGCACUCCGCGACUCGGCCGCUGGCUGCGCCACCCCGGACGCGGCGCGCACAUGUCAUGUCCGCAGUGCCGGGCCGAGUUCCCCGUGAAGCCCCCGCUGCGUAAAAACGUGCUGGUGUCGCGCCUCGUGGAGCACCUGGAGGCGGCUCCGUACCAGAAGAUCGGGCAGUGCGACACGUGGCCCGGCGGCACCACGGAGGACGCGACGGGAGGCCGCGGGGCCGCCGGCGGCGGUGUCGGCGGUGUGGGCCCCAGGCGAUGCUCCCUGCACGGGAAGAAGCUGCGCCUCUUCUGCAGGGACGACCGCGCCUGCGUGUGCACGGCGUGCGCAAUCGUGGGCGCGCACUCGAGACAUCACGUCACGGACGUGCGCCAGGAGUUCGCUCACCUCGUCGAUUUCUACAAAGAGAAGUUGAAGAGGCUGAGAGCGAGACGCGGAGAGACAGAGGACGCGAUCCGGCGCACCCGGGAGCUCUUCACCGUGGUGGAGCAGGCGAGCGGCGCCCUGCAGGCCGGCUGCCGGAGGGCCUUCUCCCGCAUGAGGCGUCUCCUGGCGGCGGACGAGGCGGCGGCUCUGCGCUUCUUCCGCGGCGAGGAGAAGCGCGCGCUGGGUGGGGUGCGCCGGGCCGAGUGGCGCCUCCGGGCGCAGGCGGACGCCCUGGACAAGGCUCAGCUGGAGGUGUCCAGGCUGCUUCAAAUCGCCGACCCCUUCGAAUUUGUGCAGGCGAGCGGCAGAGAUCAGAGAACUAUUUUUAUUUACUUUACGAGCGAAGGCCCGCUGAGCUAUGGCGCUCUUAUCCAGAAUUCUAACCUUUUGCACGUUUUUGUUUUUGUUUCAUCCACGCAGGUUCACAGCUGCAGCGUAGAAAGGGUGGACGCGGCGCUGGGAGCUCCGCUGGAAGUGGACACUGGGGAGGCGCGCUUCAACAAGGUCAAGGUGCGCAUCGUGGCCGAGAGGAUCAGCACCUUCACGCGCCGGCUGGACGAGUGGCACGGCCUGCGGCCGGUCUUCAUGUAUGACAAAGACACGGAGCCGGAACCGGACUCGGCUUUCCGCGAGCCGUCCUCGCCGCCCGCCUUCCCUUCCUCGCCGGGGCCCCCGAAAGAUCUCGCCGUGACGCGGCACGACCCCGACCCCGACCCCGACCCCGACCUGGAGGCGGACUUCGCGGGGCCGUCCCGGAGCGCCUCCCCGCGCCGGGUCCCCGCCGCGGCGCCGCCGUCCCCGUUCCCCGGCGGGCGCGUGGCGAGCGCCCUGCGCGGGGUCCGCUCUGGGCGCCACUACGUGGAGGUGGAGGCGUGCGUGAGCACGUCUUGCCGCGUGUGCGUGCACACGGGCGAGGGCCCCGCGGAGCGACGGGAGGGGGCUCCGCAGAGUCCCCUCGGCCCGGCGGACCCCGCUCCCGGGGCGGGGGUCUGCUGCCUCUUGCUGUGGGACGAGACGCAGUUCCUCACGGGCGAUCAGCGGCGCCGGCGGCAGCAGCAGCAGCAGCAGCCGCAGCCGCCCCAGCAGAACCCGCAACAGCGGCAGAAUCAGCAACAGCAGCAGCAGCAGCAGCAGUUGGUAGAGACUGGACCACUGGGACCUUCGAGCCUUCUCACCAUCGGGGUGUACUUGGACUAUGAGGGCGGCACCGUGGCCUUCUACAAUGGGUACACGAUGGCGAGCCUCUACACGCACCACGCUGUCUUCACGCAGCCUGUCAACAUCACAUUCUCCGCCGGCGAAGACGCGUCUUUUGCCAUCGUCUAGCGUAGGUGAGAGGUGAGGGGUCUCGGGCUCAGGGUUCCAGCGCUUCGUGGUCCAUCUUUCUCCAGAUUUUAAACACAGCAAUGGAUGGGAUGGGUGGGAGAAAAUGGAAACGUCUUGACAGAAACGGGAGGAUGGACAGAGAUGGAUGGAAUAUUUUAAUGAACCAUACGGUUGCUAAAUCAAGCUGCAUGCAGUCGAUAUUAAGCAGCGAUGAUGAAGUACAAGCGAGUGAAGCUGCAAAGGGAAGAAGCUGAAGAGGAAAUUAGGUCCCCGAAAAUGGGCAAAUGAGACUGUAGCAGUGAUUUACUUACAAAAUAGCAAAAUAACAGCUGGGAAUGAGGAACAUGGCUAAAUCAAUGGAUGCAAUCAAUAAUAAUACUACUAAAAACUAACACUUACAGAUGGCGGCAUAAGUAUGAAGAAAACGAGCCUCAUCAGCCACCAUCAGUCAAGCAUUAUUCCAAAGAAUAUUGAACUCAAAGCAACACGCGAAGCUCUAAAUAAAGAAACAUGAAGCAAGUUUGUGGAGAAGCGCAGAGCUCCGCAGAGCAGAUGUUUAAUCUCUGCACCUCGUGUGGAAACAUCACGCGGAGUCCGACACCGUGAUUCGAUCGCUUCGAAUCCUUUUGGCAGAGUCUGACAAAUAGCACUGCGGAUCAACACGGGGCAGCAAUAACCUUCCGAAAGCAUCACCAGCACGGCAGAAGCCUCCUACUUGAAUGUUGUUUUGUUGUUGAAACUCGCUGACCUCGUGCCCCUGCUGGGCAUCUGUGAAAAAUAAGUUUCAUAGCUCAUCGAAUUCCUCCUCUUCCAGUCGAAAUAAAGAUCCUGAAUGUGAGGAGCGCGUCUGCUGGCCAAGUGGCGUGCAGCGGCUCUUGCAUGAGAUGGCGACGCCCGCUCCGUCUCGCCGGCGCUUACUCGACCCCUAUCGAGCGCCCAUCGCGGCGAGGUACCGCAUGGCGAUCGGUGAACCGCAGCGGGGGCGACCUACAAAAGAUCCGGAGGAGCCGACAUCAACGACUUACGCCGCAACCCCCUCGUCCAAGCACGAGAUGGAGACCGGCGGAGAGUCGAGAGACGGCGGCGUGCACGUGCGUGAGUGUGAGUGUGCACGCGCGUGCGUGCGUGUGAGUGAGUGUGCGUG